CGCCGAUACAAAUUUAAAGAAGAAUAAGAUGUCUCUGAUACUGACUGGGGUCACAUGCAAGAAUUAGCUAGGUACGUGAAGACAACAUCAAUAAAGCUGGAUUUUGACAACAAGUUAUCUCGUAACUAACAGGACUUGCUGAGAAGAACCCACAUCCUUCACCAUGUUCCUUACCAUGGCCCUGCUGAGGAAAGGCAUCUCUGGCAAGCAGUGGAUCGGGAAGUACCGCCGGCCGCGUGCCAUCACCUGGCAGAUGAAACGCAACAUGCUGGUGCACCUGGAGCGCGAGGCGGAGAACGAGUACUGGAUCUCCCGGCCGUACAUGACCACAGAGCAGGAGAGAGGACACGCCGCUGAGCGCCGAGCACAGAACUGGCUCAAAAUUAAGGAGACCAAGUUUCAAAAGUUUCCAGAACAUAAGUAUGUUGCAGAUCAUCUAAGUCACCUCAACACGACCAAGACAUGGUCAAGUUAAUGAGGAGGAAGCAUUGACUUUGUGUGGGGAGAUGGAGAGGGGGCAUGCAUGUUAACUGCCAUUUGACUCCUGUGUGUCUUAAUGUAUGUAAUGUGUAUGAACUAUGGAGUGUUGGUAAUUAUAUCUUUAUAAAGCAAGCUCAUAUUUAAAAACAA